AUGAAUUAUAAUUGGUUACUUACUUUUCAUUGCUCUUUCCUUUUCUUUUCUUUCUUUUCCUCUCUCGUUACUUUUCUUUCUUGUUCACUCUCCUUUCCUUUUCUUUCUUUUGCUCUCGCGUUUCUUUUUUCUUUUGCUCUCUCCUUCUCUUUCCUUUCUUUUGCUCUCCUUUUUUUUUCAUUCUUUUGCACUCUCUUUUUUUGUUAUUACUCUCUCUCAUUACUUUUCCUUCUAUUGAACUCUCUUUUCUUUUCACUCUUUUGCUCUCUCCUUUUCUUUUGUUUCUUUUGCACUCUCCUUUUCUUUUCACUCUUUUGCUCUCUCCUUUUCUUUUCUUUCUUUUGCACUUUCCGUUUCUUUUCACUCUUUUGCUCUCUCCUUUUCUUUUCUUUCUUUUGCACUUUCCGUUUCUUUUCACUCUUUUGCUCUCUCCUUUUCUUUUCUUUCUUUUGCACUUUCCGUUUCUUUUCACUCUUUUGCUCUCUCCUUUUCUUUUCUUUCUAUUGCACUCUCCUUUUCUUUUCACUCUUUUGCUCUCUCCUUUUCUUUUCUUUCUUUUGCACUCUCCUUUUCUUGUCACUCUUUUGCUCUCUCCUUUUUUCUUUUUUUCUUUCUAUUGCACUCUCCUUUCCUUUUUCACUCUUUUGCUCUCUCCUUUUCUUUUCUUUCUAUUGCACUAUCCUUUCCUUUUCACUCUUUUGCUCUCUCCUUUUCUUUUCUUUCUAUUGCACUCUCCUUUUCUUGUCACUCUUUUGCUCUCUCCUUUUCUUUUCUUUCUUUUGCACUUUCCGUUUCUUUUCACUCUUUUGCUCUCUCCAUUUCUUUUCUUUCUUUUGCACUCUCCUUUUCUUUUCUUUCUUUUGCACUUUCCGUUUCUUUUCACUUUUUGCUCUCUCCUUUACUUUUCUUUCUUUGGCACUUUCCGUUUCUUUUCACUCUUUUGCUCUCUCCUUUUCUUUUCUUUUUUUGCACUCUCCUUUUCUUUUCUUUCUAUUGCACUCUCCUUUUGUUUUCACUCUUUUGCUCUCUCCUUUUCUUUUCUUUCUUUUGCACUCUCCUUUUCUUGUCACUCUUUUGCUCUCUCCUUUUCUUUUCUUUCUAUUGCACUCUCCUUUCCUUUUCACUCUUUUGCUCUCUCCUUUUCUUUUCUUUCUAUUGCACUAUCCUUUCCUUUUCACUCUUUUGCUCUCUCCUUUUCUUUUCUUUCUAUUGCACUCUCCUUUUCUUGUCACUCUUUUGCUCUCUCCUCUUCUUUUCUUUCUUUUGCACUUUCCGUUUCUUUUCACUCUUUUGCUUUCUCCUUUUCUUUUCUUUUUUUUCACUCUCGUUUUCUUUUCUUUCUUUUGCACUUUCCGUUUCUUUUCACUUUUUGCUCUCUCCUUUACUUUUCUUCUUUUUGCACUUUCCGUUUCUUUUCACUCUUUUUGCUCUCUCCUUUUCUUUUCUUUCUUUUGCACUCUCCUUUUUUUUUUUCUUUCUAUUGCACUCUCCUUUUCUUUUUUCACUCUUUUGCUCUCUCCUUUUCUUUUUCUUUUCUUUUGCACUCUCCUUUUCUUUUCCUCUUUUGCUCUCUCCCUUUUCUUUUUCUUUCUAUUGCACUCUCCUUUCCUUUUCACUCUUUUUGCUCUCUCCUUUUCUUUUCUUUCUAUUGCACUAUUUUUCCUUUUCACUCUUUUUGCUCUCUCCUUUUUUUUUCUUUCUAUUGCACUCUCCUUUUCUUGUCACUCUUUUGCUCUCUCCUUUUCUUUUUUCUUUCUUUGCACUUUCUGUUUUCUUUUCACUCUUUUGUUCUCUCCUUUUCUUUUUUUUUCUUUUGCACUCUUUUCUUUUUCUUUCUUUUGCACUUUCCGUUUCUUUUCACUUUUUGCUCUCUCCUUUACUUUUCUUUCUUUUGCACUUUCCGUUUCUUUUCACUCUUUUGCUCUCUCCUUUUCUUUUCUUUCUUUUGCACUCUCCUUUUCUUUUCUUUCUAUUGCACUCUCCUUUUCUUUUCACUCUUUUGCUCUCUCCUUUUCUUUUCUUUCUUUUGCACUCUCCUUUUCUUUUCACUCUUUUGCUCUCUCCUUUUCUUUUUUUUCUAUUGCACUCUCCUUUCCUUUUCACUCUUUUGCUCUCUCCUUUUCUUUUCUUUCUAUUGCACUAUCCUUUCCUUUUCACUCUUUUGCUCUCUCCUUUUCUUUUCUUUCUAUUGCACUCUCCUUUUCUUGUCACUCUUUUGCUCUCUCCUCUUCUUUUUUUCUUUCUUUUGCACUUUUUGUUUCUUUUCACUCUUUUGCUUUCUCCUUUUCUUUUUUUUUUCACUCUCGUUUUCUUUUCUUUCUUUUGCACUUUCCGUUUCUUUUCACUUUUUGCUCUCUCCUUUACUUUUCUUUCUUUUGCACUUUCCGUUUCUUUUCACUCUUUUGCUCUCUCCUUUUUUUUCCUUUAUUUGCACUCUCCUUUUCUUUUCUUUCUAUUGCACUCUUGUUUUUCUUUUCACUCUUUUGCUCUCUCCUUUUCUUUUCUUUCUUUUGCACUCUCCUUUUCUUUUCACUCUUUUGCUCUCUCCUUUUCUUUUCUUUCUAUUGCACUCUCCUUUCCUUUUCACUCUUUUUUGCUCUCUCCUUUUCUUUUUCUUUCUAUUGCACUAUCCUUUCCUUUUCACUCUUUUUGCUCUCUCCUUUUCUUUUCUUUCUAUUGCACUCUCCUUUUCUUGUCACUCUUUUGCUCUCUCCUUUUCUUUUCUUUCUUUUGCACUCUCCUUUUCUUUUCUUUCUUUUGCACUUUCCGUUUCUUUUCACUUUUUGCUCUCUCCUUUACUUUUCUUUCUUUUGCACUUUCCGUUUCUUUUCACUCUUUUGCUCUCUCCUUUUCUUUUCUUUCUUUUGCACUCUCCUUUUCUUUUCUUUCUAUUGCACUCUCCUUUUCUUUUCACUCUUUUGCUCUCUCCUUUUCUUUUCUUUCUUUUGCACUCUCCUUUUCUUUUCUUUCUUUUGCACUUUCCGUUUCUUUUCACUCUUUUGCUCUCUCCUUUACUUUUCUUUCUUUUGCACUUUCCGUUUCUUUUCACUCUUUUGCUCUCUCCUUUUCUUUUCUUUCUUUUGCACUUUCUGUUUCUUUUCACUCUUUUGCUCUCUCCUUUUCUUUUCUUUCUAUAGCACUCUCCUUUUCUUGUCACUCUUUUGCUCUCUCCUUUUCUUUUCUUUAAUUUGCACUCUCCUUUUCUUUCCACUCUUUUGCUCUCUCCUUUUCUUUUCUUUCUUUUGCACUUUCCGUUACUUUUCACUCUUUUGCUCUCUCCUUUUCUUUUCUUUCUAUUGCACUCUCCAUUUCUUGUCACUCUUUUGCUCUCUCCUUUUCUUUUCUUUCUUUUUCACUCUCCUUUUCUUGUCACUCUUUUGCUCUCUCCUUUUCUUUUCUUUCUUUUGCACUCUCCUUUUCUUUUCACUCUUUUGCUCUCUCAUUUUCUUUUCUUUCUUUUGCACUCUUUUUCUUUCCUCUUUUUGCUCUCUCCUUUUCUUUUCUUUCUUUUGCACUUUCGUUACUUUUCACUCUUUUGCUCUCUCCUUUUCUUUUCUUUCUAUAGCACUCUCCUUUUUCUUGUCACUCUUUUGCUCUCUCCUUUUUUUUCUUUCUUUUGCACUCUCCUUUUCUUUUCACUCUUUUGCUCUCUCCUUUUCUUUUCUUUCUAUAGCACUCUCCUUUUCUUGUCACUCUUUUGCUCUCUCCUUUUCUUUUCUUUCUUUUUCACUCUCCUUUUCUUGUCACUCUUUUGCUCUCUCCUUUUCUUUUCUUUCUUUUGCACUCUCCUUUUUUUUCUUUUCCUCUUUUGCUCUCUCCUUUUUCUUUUCUUUCUUUUGCACUCUCUUUUUCUUUCCACUCUUUUGCUCUCUCCUUUUCUUUUCUUUCUUUUGCACUUUCCGUUACUUUUCACUCUUUUGCUCUCUCCUUUUCUUUUCUUUCUAUAGCACUCUCCUUUUCUUGUCACUCUUUUGCUCUCUCCUUUUCUUUUCUUUCUUUUGCACUCUCCUUUUCUUUUCACUCUUUUGCUCUCUCCUUUUCUUUUCUUUCUUUUGCACUCUCCUUUUCUUUUCACUCUUUUGCUCUCUCCUUUUCUUUUCUUUCUUUUGCACUCUCCUUUUCUUUUCACUCUUUUGCUCUCUCCUUUUCUUUUCUUUUUUUUGCACUUUCCAUUUCUUUUCACUCUUUUGCUCUCUCCUUUUCUUUUCCUUCUAUUGCACUCUCUUUUCUUUUCAAGCUUUUGCUCUCUCCUUUUCUUUUCUUUCUUUUGCACUUUCCGUUUCUUGUCACUCUUUUGCUCUCUCCUUUUCUUUUCCUUCUAUUGCCUCUCUUUUCUUUUCCUCUUUUGCUCUCUCCUUUUCUUUUCUUUCUAUUGCACUCUCCUUUUCUUGUCCUCUUUUUGCUCUCUCCUUUUCUUUUCUUUCUUUUUCACUCUCCUUUUCUUGUCACUCUUUUUCUCUCUUUCUUUUUUUUCUUUUUUCUUUUCUUUUGCACUCUCCUUUUCUUUUCCAUUUUCUUUUCACUCUUUUGCUCUCUCCUUUUCUUUUCCUUCUAUUGCACUCUCUUUACUUUUCACUCUUUUGCUCUCUCCUUUUCUUUUCUUUUUAUUGCACUCUCCUUUUCUUUUCACUCUUUUGCUCUCUACUUUUCUUUUCCUUCUAUUGCACUCUCUUUUCUUUUCACUCUUUUGCUCUCGCCUUUUCUUUUCUUUCUUUUUACUCUCUCUUUUUCUUUUUUGUUUUUGCUCUCUCAUUACUUUUCCUUCUAUUGCACUCUCUUUUCUUUUCACUCUUUUGCUCUCUCCUUUUCUUUUCUUUCUUUUGCACUCUCCUUUUCUUUUCACUCUUUUGCUCUCUCCUUUUCUUUUCUUUCUAUAGCACUCUCUUUUUCUUUUCACUCUUUUGCUCUCGCCUUUUCUUUUCUUUCUUUUGCACUCUCCUUUUCUUUUCACUCUUUUGCUCUCUCCUUUUCUUUUCGUUCUUUUUACUCUCUCUUUUUCUUUUUUGUUUUUGCUCUCUCAUUACUUUUCCUUCUAUUGCACUCUCUUUGCUUUUCACUCUUUUGCUCUCUCCUUUUCUUUUCUUUUCUUUUCCUCUCCUUUUUCUUUUCACUCUUUUGCUCUCUCCUUUUCUUUUUCUUUUUUUUGCUCUCUACUUUUCUUUUCACUCUUUUGCUCUCGCCUUUUCUUUUCUUUCUUUUUGCACUCUCCUUUUCUUUUCACUCUUUUGCUCUCUCCUUUUCUUUUCUUUCUUUUUACUCUCUCUUUUUCUUUUUUGUUUUUGCUCUCUCAUUACUUUUCCUUCUAUUGCACUGUCUUUGCUUUUCACUCUUUUGCUCUCUCCUUUUCUUUUCUUUCUAUUGCACUAUCCUUUUCUUUUCACUCUUUUGCUCUCUCCUUUUCUUUUCUUUCUAUAG